UACUGACUAUGCCGCUCACUACUGGUAAAUUAUUACCCCAACAAUAGGUGGUGGAAAAAUACAGCCCAAAUUACCUCACGCCACUCCUUCCGUCCACUCUUUUAGCGUGCCCCACCGCCGAUCGCCGCCGUAACUGCUCAGCGGAUUGCAUCAAUCCGUUUGUUUUCUCUUAUUUCUUCUCUCUACGCCGUCAAGCAAAGAACAACGUUUUCCAUUUACUCUCUCAUUGGCUGCUGCAGAUAACCACCUCCGGGGCUUCUCCGUAUAAUCGUAAGGCUCGUCUAAGCGAAACCAUUUCCUGUUCCCAAAUUCCUUAGUCUAGUCAAGAUAAACGAGUGGAGCUAGCGUUUUCACUGCUCUGCCGCGGGUAGUUGCCACUAGCGUGAACUACCUCCAUUGCCCUCUCUGGGCUUCUCUUUUCUCCAGCCUGGAAGUUUGGGUUUUACGUCGAUUAUUGCAAUUUGAUUAGAUGAAUUGGAUGAGAGGGUGGGGUUGCAUUACAAAGCAAUUCAGAUUCAGCACACGUCAAUAUUAUGCAAUAAUGGGUAAGGAUCAGAAUGGGGUCCUAUGUUUUGGAAAGAGGACCACUUCUUUGCAGCAACCGGAAGGACACCCUUCAGAAAGAAACACGCCAUGGAGGGCUAAGCUGCCAUGUUUCUUGAUGGAAACUGACUUGGGGUUUAAAUGUACAUCAAGGAGAUAUACACAUAGUAUGCAAAAUGAUCCAGACUUGAGUAGAGAUUUUUUCAUACGACUCUGGAAUGCUGAUAGAAAGAAGCCAAAGCCUUUGGCGAAAGGAAGGCGUAAAGUUCUAAAAUCUGGUGGUAAUGGUGAAACAUUUGUUGAUAGCCGAUCUUUGUUUGGACUUCUUGAAAGAUCGUAUUCAGGUGCAUCUACUUUGAAUGAAAAGGCUUAUGACAAGAUGAGGUCAGGCUUGAAGCAACCACCUCCCAGUCAAUCUGUCACUGGUAUAUUGGAACCAAUAUCUGCAGAAGAGGUCAAGGUUGCACCUCUUCUUGCAAGAUCCAACCUUCUGAUAACCAGGGAUAUAGAAUGGGCCAACUUGGUUCUUGGUUUUGAGCAGGAAAAUCGAUAUGCAAUAGUUGAUGUCUGCUACCCACAAGCACCUGUAGGUUUCAUUCGUGAGCAGAGUAAUUUUAUCGCAAGACAGUUUCUUCGACUAAGACGACCUUUUGUAGCAUAUAUAACUGAUGGAUUAGGUAACGAACUUUUUAGGAUCCGCAGACCCUUUUGGUGGAUCACCAGCUCAAUCUAUGCAGAGAUAAAUGGAAAAGAAAUUGGUGUUGUCCACAGAAGAUGGCAUCUGUGGAGGAGAAUCUAUGAUCUAUACUUGGGGAACAAGCAAUUUGCAGUCGUUGAGAACCCUGGCCUUUGGAAUUGGACAUUCACUUUGAAGGACGCUGAUGGAAAUGUGUUGGCUGAAAUAGAUCGCAACUGGAGGGGUUUUGGAUUUGAGAUUUUCACAGAUGCUGGUCAGUAUGUGAUUCGAUUUGGUAGUGCCGAUUCUGGUAUUGGGCCUGCUGCAGGGGUUGAAGAGUUAAAUGUAAGUCGUUCAUUGACUCUGUCUGAGAGAGCAGUUGCAGUUGCACUUGCUGUUUCACUUGAUAAUGACUACUUCUCCAGACAUGGAGGCUGGGGAUUUCCCUUUAUGGUGGUCGAUGAUUGAGACUAGACCAACAAGACUAUUGACUGCUAAAGAUGGUACGGUGUAACAAACAUAACAUAAUCCUAUCCAUCUUGAUCUUUUGGUGCCUGCAUGAACAACUGGUAAAUUCGGUCAAAUUCCAGUUAACUACUACUGCUCUGGUUGGUUGUAUCUCUGGCCCCCCUCAUUCUUACCGUUAUGUUCAUUACUUUGUUGAAGAGAAUUCCAGACUAAUUGCGAAAAACUUGAGUUUUCUGGAAUUUUCGGAUUAAAACAGUUGGUUAUCGUUGAACUUUGAGUCGUUUCUUUUGUUAUUUUCCUUUUACUCUUGGAAGCAGCAAAAAUGUUGUAUCCCGCUGCUGUUUGGCAGCCAGCUGAGGACGGUGCAACGUGGGUUUACAGGAGUAUGAUAUGAUGCCAAGCCCUGUUGUUCAUGCUUUAGGAAAUAACUAAUACUUCUAUAUUGCAGUA